AAAAUUAAUUUAUUUUUAAGAUUGUAUUCCGUUAACAGUUUGACUAUCAUAUUAAAAUUCCAAAUAAAUUUUUCACUAUAUAGACAAUAUUUAUUUAGAUUGAGUGAAUAUAUAAAUUGUAAUAAGAAAUUAAUGUUAUACUACUUCUCAGAAUCUUUCUUAUACCAAUAAUUGAAUAGCCAAUCUGUAUUGCAACCGAAAAAAAAAAAAACCAAACUAGAUUAUGUUAGCUAUUUAAAAAUUUGAUAGUCACGAAUUCAGGUUGGAGUAAGCGAAUAUAUAUAUACUUGCAAUUAAGGCUAGUUUGAUAUUUAGGCAUCCAGUUUACAUAAAACAGCUAAAAAUUGAAAAAUUAAAAAUAAAACAAAUGGGAAAAAAUAAUGCCAAAGUAGCCUAUGAUAUAUAUAAUAUUAUUGGAACAUAUAUAUUUAUAUAAACCAAUAUUGCAUUUAUAUAAAGCAUUCAAAGUUGGGUUAUGAAGUGUGAUCAGAUAAUGGGUGAGUUAACUAGGGACCCACAGAACCUGAAGUCUCCUUUCUCAGAGAUGAAGUCGUCAUCAUCAUCAUCAUCAUAUUUACUGGAGAUAGGGAACUAUAACAACCAGAGACCAGUGUUCUUGGAUGAUGAUAGUAAUCCUAGCGAAUUCUUAGCUUUCUCCAAUCAUCGUCAGCAGCAGCUUCCUAUGAACUUUGCGGACGUUAAUAUCCAGAGCUUCUUCAGCGUAUCUCCUCCUGCAGUACCUACUGGUACUGGAAGUGCGAACAUUCAGAAGCUCUUGCAGAAACAUGAAGGAAAAAAACGAAAGAGAAAGGAUGAUCAGAAAGAUUUGGAAAAACCGAAAGAAGUAAUUCAUGUUAGAGCAAAAAGAGGCCAAGCUACAGAUAGUCACAGUUUGGCAGAACGGGUAAGAAGAGAGAGAAUCAAUGAGAAGCUUAGGUGCUUACAGGACCUGGUUCCAGGAUGCUAUAAGACGAUGGGAAUGGCAGUUAUGCUGGAUGUCAUUAUUAAUUAUGUUCAGUCACUCCAGAAUCAGAUUGAAUUUCUAUCUAUGAAGCUUUCAGCAGCUAGUAUGUACCAUGACUAUAACAUGGAGAGGGACAACAUUGAAACGAUGCAGGGAACAAAUGCAUAUGAAGUCCAAGAAAUGGAGGGGAUGGAAAGAGAAGGGUAUGGAGGAGUACCAAAUUAUUUCCACUCAACUUGGCCCAAUUCAUAGAUAGAUUUCUCUCUCUUUUUUUUGUUGGUCCUUUUCAAUUCAAUUUACUUACGAGUAAGCAUGCAUGAAAACUGAAAAGUGCAAAAACUGUAUGCCUUAUCUGCUGGUGGGAAUUGAAAAGGCAUAAAAUAUAAAGUCGUUAAUUAAUGUAAUAUUGUACUUGUCUAUAAUGAUUUAUGGUACCUUUUGCAUUUGAGUAA